AUAGUGAGAGCCAACAACCGGAGCCUGAGCUUCCUCCUCCUUGUCUCCAUCAAGCUGAGCUUCCUCAGUGUGUUUCUGUUCCUCGGUCGCCCUGUGGAUAUAACCUGCAUGCUGCGCAUCAUCACUUUUGGAAUCACCUUCUCCAUAGCUGUCUCUUCUCUCCUGGCCAAGACUAUCAUGGUUUGUGUUGCUUUCAAAGCCACCAAGCCAGGGAGCUCAUGGAGAAAAUGGCUGGGAGUCAAACUGUCCAAUUCUGUAGUCUUGUUCUGCUCAUCCAUUCAAAUAAUCAUCUGCAUGACUUGGUUGGCCAUUUCUCCUCCCUUUCAGGAACUGGACAUUCACACUUCCCCUGGAACCAUCAUCAUUCAGUGCAAUGAGGGCUCAGCUAUUGGCUUUUACUCAGUUAUUGGGUAUAUGGGGCUUCUGGCAGCUGUUAGUUUUGUUUUAGCAUUUUUAGCUCGGAGCUUACCGGACAGUUUUAAUGAGGCCAAGUACAUC